CAUGAAUGUACUGCUUAUUGAAUGGGAAGUCAGUUUCAAAAGCACUUUUUUUUAUUUGAUGACACAAAGUGCAAAUCUGAUCGAUUUAGCGCCGCGCAUCAUUCUCUGAUGACGCCUACUUUGGAAGACUCAACUGCAUCACAUGAUCUGAAAUUGUUUUCUGUUAUCCAAACGUUGCCGUUCCUUGACCAUGUAAAAGUGCACCUCAUCCCGUCGCAUGUGAUCUUGUUGAACCUAACUCUUUGUCGCCAUCGCGUUUUUUUCCACUAGAAAUGUCAUCUUUCUUUUUUCUUCUUCAAUGAUUAAGCGGAUGACAUAAUU